UCUGGCAUAAUUCAGAUUGUGAAACUUUCCUUUGUGAUAUUAAAUCGGGGGAUUUCCCAGAUGACCUUUCCUCUUUCCCUGCCUCCAUGAUCCAGAUUUCCCCAAUUUCUUUUGCCAAACCAUGGGAAUUCCUGUCCACCUGCAGACCAAGGACUUCUGGCCUCACUCACCCGACUCUUGAAUUGCUUAAUAGACUGUGUUAUUUCCCAAAACUCAGCUGCUUUCUCAGGGUGGGGCUAGCCAACAACACGUUUGGAGGGAGGAAAAUCAACAUUUCAUAAGCAGCUGCCCUGCAUCACUGCUGUCAGUAUCAAAGUAGCAGCAGAGAAACUGAAAGGCGGACGGAGAAAGAGAGGCAGGAAUGCAGAAGGUUCGUCCACUCCUUUACAUCGCCAUUGUCCUUGGGGCACUUGGCACAGAUGUUGUGGAUGCUCACUGUGAUGUGACGAAGGCAAACGAAAUUAAAGGAGGCAAAACAGUAGCACUUCAGAACAACACAGUGCUUAAGUAUAUAUGCCCAGAUGGCCAAUACCCAUACCCUACUGAGUACCGGACAUGCCAAUGGAAUAAAUCCUGGAGCACUAUGAAAAAUAAAAAUCAGAGGGUCAUCGACCAGGCCAUCUGCCAAGCUAUUCGUUGCCCCAGAGUUACAGAAUUUGAAAAUGGUUACUAUGAGCCACCCCAGCCAUAUUACAAUAUAAACCAGAACAUCACAUUUACUUGCUACGCGGGAUACAGCAUGAAGGGGCCUGAAGUCCGCACCUGCCUUCCCAAUGGGAAAUGGAGUGGAAAAAUAACCAUUUGUGAUGAUGGAACUGGCCAUUGCCUUAACCCGGGGAUCCCACUUGGUGGCCGAAAAGAAGGAAACCAAUAUCGAAUAGAAUAUAGUGUCCGCUACACUUGUGAGAAUGGUCUCACUCUUUUUGGAUCCAGUGAACGGAUUUGCCAAGAAUCAGGAAGCUGGAGUGGAUCAGAACCAGAGUGUCGAUACCCAUAUAGUUUUGACACCCCAGAAGAAGUUGCCAACAAUUUCAUUUCAUCUUUGACUGAAACUGCUGAAGCGGCAGAUGCCAAUAGAAAUAUCUCCUCUACACAGAAGCGAAAAAUUGUCAUUAAGAAAGGAGGCACAAUGAACAUCUACUUUCUCCUCGAUGCCUCAAAAAGUAUUACUGCAGCGAAUCUCAACAGUACAAAGAAUGUUACAAUCAAGUUGAUUGAGAAGAUCUCCAGCUAUGACGUCUCCCCCAAUUAUGCCAUCAUCACUUUUGCCACAAACAGCAAAGAAGUUUUGAGCACAAUGGAUCAACACAGCACUGAUUCAGCCUGGGUGAUUGAGCAACUACAAAAUAUUCACGUUUCUGAGCAUAAGAUAAAGCCAGGAACCAACAUCGAGAAAGCCUUGAAAACUGUCUAUGAAAUGAUGAUUAGCCAGGAAGCUGAGGAGAAGAAUCGUGGAUUAAAUCCUGCUCCUAUUGUCAAUUCCACACGCCAUGUGAUCAUUCUCCUGACUGAUGGUCGCUACAACAUGGGUGGGGAUCCAAUGCCUAUCAUGAAAAGAAUUAAGGAAUUCCUUAAGAUUAAGGAAUCUGGCUCCAGUUCUCGCAAAGAAUUCUUAGAUGUUUAUGUCUUUGCUGUUGGAGAUGAAAUCAACAGGCGAGUCUUGAAUGAUUUGGCAUCGAAGAAACCUGGUGAGAAGCAUUUCUUCGUAAUGAAGAACAUAACCAACCUGCAGGAGUCCUUUGAUUCAAUGAUUGAUGAAAGCGAAGUUUUGUCUAUGUGUGGCUUGGCAAAAGAACACCUGAAAGAUCAGCAGAAUAAUCCCUGGAAUACCAAGAUCGCCAUCACGCGUUCUGGUGGCGCAGGGUUUGGCCACUGCAAAGGAACCCUCGUUUCUGAGUAUUUUAUCUUGACAGCAGCUCACUGUUUCACUAUCGAUGAUACGGCCGACCACAUCAAAGUCACAAUUGGAGACAGCAAGCAACCGUAUCCUGUGGCUAACAUUUACCUCCACCCACAAUACAAUGUCGGAAAGCUGAAACAUCGUGGAAUCCCUGAAUUCUAUGAUUAUGAUGUCGCCCUGAUAAAACUUGGCAAAAAAGUUGAAUUCAGUUUCAGUGCCAGGCCAAUUUGUUUACCGUGUACACAAGGAACAACCCGAGCUCUGAGGAAACCCCUUGCAACAACCACUUGCCAGGACCAUGAAAAUGAGCUGCUACCUGUGGCAAACAUUCGUUCUUUUUUUGUAAGUGACUGUAAAUACCAACACGACACCAUUGGGCUAGUUCGCAGACCUGUUCAAAUCAAGAAUAGUGACAAGAAAAUGGCCUGUGAACAAGAUGCACGGAAUGCCAAAUUCUACAAAAACAUUACCAAUAUCAAAGAUGUGGUGACUGAUAACUUUCUCUGCACGGGGGGACAGGAUCCUGUGCUGGACCCCAAUACAUGCAAAGGUGAUUCUGGCGGUCCUCUCAUUAUUCAGAAAAAGUUGCGUUAUAUUCAGGUUGGCGUGAUUAGCUGGGGUGUGGUUGAUGUCUGCGGUCACCAAGGUACAACAUGUGAGGAACCCAACAAACGGAAGGAUCGUACCUCCUAUUCCAGGGAUUUUCACAUCAACCUCUUCAAAGUUAUUCCAUGGCUCAAAGAACAGCUGGCUGAUGAGGGAUUGGAGUUCAUCUAGAGAAGUUCUCUUCCCAGCCCGUUCGGAUGCUCUGUGUAAAUAGAAAUCGUUCCCAGUAAAGUCUGUGUUAACAAUGGCUCUCCAAUGUAACUGUAUAGACAAAACAAUAAAUGUGAUAUGUGUUGUCUUUUG